CAUGCAUGUUUUAUUUCCACAGUUUGCAACUUUAUGUCUCAUGAAAAGUGCCUCAAGCAUGUGAAGAUACCAUGCUCGUGUGUUGCGUCAAGUCUCGUAAGGAUUCCAGUUGCACAUUGUUUUGGACCUCCGGGACAUUACAAAAGAAAGUUUUGCACCGUGUGCAGAAAGCAGUUAGAGUCCCUUGCAUUUCGAUGUGAAGUGUGUGAACUACACGUGCAUACAGAUUGUCUCCCGUUUGCUUGCAGCGAUUGUCGUCAGUGCCAUCAAGAUGGGCAUCAGGAUCAUGACACAUACCAUCAUCACUGGAGGGAGGGAAAUCUCUCGUCCAGUGCUCGCUGUGAGGUCUGCAAGAAAACCUGUGGCUCGUCGGAGGUGCUGUCUGGCAUGAGGUGUGAGUGGUGUGGCAUUCUGGCUCAUGCUUCUUGCUACAUUAUUGUACCACCAGAAUGUACUUUUGGAAGAUUAAGGAAUAUGAUUCUUCCGCCGAAUUGUGUGCGGUUAGUUUCUCGCAAUUUCAGCAAAAUGCACUGUUUUCGAAUAUCAGAGAGCCUGCAAACAGAACCAGAUGAAGAUGAGGAUGUUGAUGGCUUAACACAAGGGUCAGUGAAAGAUGCCCAAAUUUCAACAGAUUCCAUGACUGUCAAAGGGAGUCAGAUGUCUAUCCUGGUAUCUCAGAUGGCUUGGUCGACACUGCUAGUCCAGUACGCCUUAUUUUAUACAGACUGACCCAAGAAGAUGAAGACACUGCACUCAAAAAGAGAUUCUAAACUUCACUUUUCCUUACACACAUUUCUCUACAGUGUCAAUCAGUAAAACUGGGGAGAACAGGAACACACUGUAUAUUUUCAAAGACCAAUGCAAAGAAUCUUUAAUCCUGUGGUUUAAAUAAAAUGGUUGUACUACAAUGAAUUGCUUCCCCUUAUUACAUAUUAACACAACGUAACUGGCUUUCUUUCAUGCCCUGAUUUUUGAUGAUUACUGUGUUGGGAGGAGAGAAAUUCUAAUGCUUCUAUUGAAAACAAAGGCAUCGUGUUCAGUGGGAAGUAUUGAUUAAUCAUUGGCUUAACACUUUCAAAUAUUAAUGUAACUGAUACCAGGUAGUAAGGCUUUACUCCUCCUACAGCUGAUCCUGCCCGCUGCUGUAUGUAGCCCAAGGGGUCGAGAGAGAGCCACUCAUUGACUUUGCUGAAGGGAUCUUUACAUUUGUUGCAUCACUGUUUCAAGUCAAGCUCUUCUUUCAGAGUGCACAGACUUUUACUGUGUAAGGGAACAUGAUACUAGAACUGUUGGUCACCUUUACAGUUAUGGUAGCUAACCUGCUAUUUUAUCUUCCAAAAAAGAUGUAGCUGUUGUUUUUUCUCA